GAAACACGCAGGCGCCUGUAAACGUGUGCCAUAGUCUCUCAGCAUUGUCUCCGUAAAACACUGGAGCGCCUUCAUGCCGACGAGAGCUUCUCCAGCAGCACCACUCCCGUCUUCACGUACAUGUGAACAGAAUGGAAGUUAAAUGGCAGGUAAACGGAAUUGUUUAGUGCGGAUCUCGGGGACGGGAAUGUCCCAGAAAAGGGACGUGAACUCUUACCCAGAUGGGUACAGGGUCCUCAAUACCAGUGAACUACGGGAGCUCCUACAAGAUGAAGACAAAAUGAAUCAGAUCGUGCGACUCAGUGAAAAGUUCCAGGAGCAACAGCUGGACAGAGAGACCUUGCUAGCGACCAAUCGGAGUCUAGCAGAAGAGAGCCUGUCACGUCGCCCUCAUCUUCAAAAUGGCAAGCUCCAAUUGGCUGCAAAGUACGAGGAGCUGGCGAAGCUGACCACUGCCUGCCGCGAAAAACAAAGCCAACUUGAGGCCUUCACAGAGAGACACAGCCCUCACACCGCUCACAAUCUGCUUCAGGAGGAGGUGACGCGGGCGGAGGAACAGUCUGAGGAGCUGCUGGAGCGCUUCAUGGAAGGCCACGUGCCCCUGGAGGAAUUUCUCGACUCCUUUCAAAGCAACAGGAAGACGUACCACAUCCGCCGCGCUCAGGCCGAGAAGCUCCAGGAGCUCCGCCGACCCGACAGGAAACAGAUUAAAAAAGUGGAGGAGCACAAAAGGGAAGAGGAGCAGAGGGAAUCUUGCCCGAACGGCAUCAGCGCUCACGCUCCUCCGCGCGUCUUCCAGCUUCGAUACGGGCUGACGCCGGCCAUUCUGCUACCCCUGUCCUCCACCUCUUCGGUUUUGUCCCCUUUGGACUCACGCUCGGGCCAGUCUCGGGCUUCGGGGCCCGCCGCCUCUCGCUCCUGCCCAGGGCAGCCCGUCGGCCUUAGAGUUAUUGGACAGUUACCCGGCUGGCCCGUGAGACCGGUCCGAUUGCAGCAGCUGUACAGGCCCAGUCCGCAUCAGCCCGAACCUCCGUGCCGAUAGCGCUCAUCACUGUGAAGUCCUGGGCCGUCAGCGGCGUACGCAACUUACACAAAGACCACAUGAAGCCUUUAUUGAGUCGAUAUAUAUUAAUGAUGCUGCCAUCGGAAAGUCACGUACCCAAAAAGGGAAGAGAGCGGAAAGCCAUAAAGUAUUCGUUGCUUGUCGUCGCUUGUCGGUUUAAUUUCUUUGUUUGUAUUCGUGUCUGUUUGGUGUGGACGUGGCAGGUGUUUAGCUGCUGUUUGUGUGAGGUAAAGUGCCCUGUAUGACACUGCAUUUUGACUGGAUGGGGGAUUUUUGUAAUGUUGAUGGUGUUCAAUAAAGUCUAAUCGUGAUGUUUAUUAUAAACUAA